AUGUCAUAUUACCCAGUAACUCCAAAUACAUGGUCUUAUCAAAAAUCCAAUCCCGAAUACCAUACGCUAAGUCCUGAAUUAAUUCCUGGUCUUUUGUCUGAUCAGACCUUUAUGGUAGGUCGAAAUUUACAGGAUCCUAUCAAUAAUAACUUUCAAUCCAAAAUCAGUCAAGAUUCCAAACCAAGCGAGUGUAGUCGACAAUUAAGAUCAAAUGUUGGGUCAUCUCCUUGUGACUACAUAUUAGAUUACCUGGUCAGCCCUAGUUUGAACCAAAAUAGAUUAUAUCAAACUCAACCAGCUGCAAAAGUCGCGGCUAAUUCACCUGGAGCUAGCACCGACCCAAGGGUGUUAUCUCAAGAAACAAGAUUAAAUUUUAAAUCUGAAAAUUUACUCGAUGUAGAGAAUCAAGAAGAUUCUUGGGAAUGGGAAUAUGAAAAUAUAUUUAAAGACCCUCCAGUAGCUGAAACGGUGGCGCUUGCUCAGCCGUUAGCCGUGGCUUUUAAAUCAACCCCCGUACCAUUGAUGCAGCCUUGCUCGAAAUUAGGUGCAUCGAUAUCAAGGUACGCUCGGAAAGAAAAUUUAAAGGAAUUUACUCGUAGCAUUCGCAGUACUCCUCAGUGGUCUUAUAUGCAGGAAGAUCCAGCUUUUUCAGAUAAUUGUCUUGAUGGUCAAUUGAUCCCAUUAGAUCAGAUUCACACAUGGACUGCAUCACGUCAUGGGAAGAAUCAAUUACUUGAAAUAUUAUCUGAAAGAUAUGCGGAUAGAGCACGUCUUAAGCGGACAAGGUUAAACGAAACGAAUGAUUUAGAUCUGCGAGACGAAACAAAUAACAACCCUGAACUAGAUAAUAUCUCCACAAAGAGGCACAGAACUGAUUACAAUGACGAGAAGCCAAAGGAUGUAAUUAGAUGUGUUGACACACAAUCAUCUACUAGGUCAAGAAAGAGCGCUAAAUGUUCUGAUACUGCGAAAUUCCAAACUAAGAAUACAGCUGUUUCAGUCUCCGCUUGUUCGACAACGUCUUCACCUACCACUUCCAGUCACAUAAGUUCUACCCAAAAAAUUGGCAAGCUAUCGAAACAAAAAUUUCACCAUUCAAACUUGAGUCGACUACGGUGUAAGAAAUCGCAGACUCUGGUUUCGAAUUUCAACAGCCAUAAAGAUAUUUCCAUGCAUGAUCUGCCUGAUUCAAAUUUAAGUUUGGACCAACAGCCUAAGAUACUUGAUACGCAUGACCAUGAUAAAAGUCUAAUUAAAUGUGAAAACACAGAUCAUGGAACACAUGACCCAAAAACAUUACAUCAACAAAAUAGACAGCAGUUAAAUAAGUCCUACAGUAGACCUCAAAAUAUUGAGAUAGAUUCCAGCCAGCCUGGACGAAUUGAUCCUUCAUGCUCAAACUCUAGCAUUGCUUCGUCAUGUAUUAAAUUGCUAGGAAACGCUCGUAAAAAGUCAUGCAAAAAGGAGCUAGCUUUCAACCCGAAUCUUUCACUAGAUGCUCUAUUUUACAGUCGAAAUAGCGCUAAAAAUGAGCGUCCAUACGGUUUGAUCCGCCAAACUAGACAUUCCACCAAUUCCAACGAUGCUCCUUUGCAAAAACAAUUUGUAAAACCAAAUAAUUUUGAAGAAAAAAAGAAAUUAUUUACUCGCCAACCGCCAAGUAAUAACGCUAAUGAAGACAGACAUAAUUUUGCCAAGCAGCAUGGUCCACCAUUAAAAGAUAAAGCGCUGCCCCAUUUACACGAGCAGGUAAUCCAUCGAUAUGACCAAGAAAAUGUCGAAUCGUUUAUCAGCAAGAAAACCAUUCCAAAUCUAGUGGGGAAAAAGGUUAGAUUUCUUGAAAAAUGCCCGGCCCAAAGUGGCCCAAAUAAUUCAGACUAUAAUUUUGGUCUAAGGCAACAAUCAGCAAAACUAGAGUCAUCCAGCAAAAAGCAAGGCCAGUCAGAUUUACAGGAUAAAAAUAUAGGCCAAGUCAAUGGACUAUCGAAUAUUUCUUCUAUUGAGUAUUUGGACAAAAUUACAGUAAAAUCUCUAGGCUCCGAGCAAAGUAAUCGUCAGAGAGAUAAAUCUGCAAAAAUACUAAGGAAGCAGCCAAAAGUUGAGGAAGCAUACAGGUACGUUAAAAAAGUCAAAAUCUCUACAGGAACACCUUUUCUGACAUUGAAUAGCCGUCGAUGGUAA